AUGGAUCAUUGGACUGCAAGUGACUCCUUGUAUUCUGACGAAAACGUUAUGUAUAGCAACGACUUCAGUUUCGGAGGUGGCGCUACCGACAAAGGCAAAAUGCAGUUGAACCUAGAAAGUUUGCCUAAAAAGAAAAGUGCCGCUUUACUCAAAAGUAAUAACGAAUGUACGCUAACUACACCUGAUUUAAACAUGCUGCAAUUGGCAUCACCAGAACUGGAACGUUUAAUCAUCGAGCAACAUGGCGCCAUAACUACUCCUACGCCCUCUGGUUGCUUUUUAAAUGGGGAUUUAUGUAAGCAUGGAACGCGAAAUGAUUACGCCCAAAGAUUAGCCACUGCCUAUGACGCCGAGAAAAAAAGCCUCAGUGAAGCACAGGUUGUGGUACCCUUAACUCGUACUAGCGGUAUAUCUACCCAACAUGCUAUCAACUCGACUCCCAUGAUAGCGGUUACCCAAAGCUCCAACACUUUUGCCAAUAAUAAUUACGCUAUCAACAUGUUACCCAAUUCUUCCGUAAAAGAUGAAAAAUCCCAGAUUGUACCGGUCGCUUCCAAUGCGUUACCGCAAAUUGAUUUAGAAGAACAGGAAUGGGUUAAAAAAGAGAGAAAAAGAGAAAGAAAUCGACUGGCUGCUUCACGCUGUCGUAAACGAAAGCUAGAAAAAGAGAAAGAUCUUCAAGAUAGGGUCAAAGAAUUGAAAUGCGAAAAUAAUAAGUUAACUUCUACUGUCGAAACCUUACGAAAAGAAAUUUGUGCCAUAAAAGAACAAAUUUUACAACACGUCGGUGCUGGUUGCCAUAUUUCACUGCCACAAUAAUAGAUUACCGAAGCGUUCACAAGUUUUAUGCCAUUCCAUACUACGGUAUACUGUAUGGAUAGGAACCAAACUGGUAACAUUUGAAUCUCAGUUUCGUGUUACACGAAUAGAGAUAGUACUAAUUGAAAAAUAUAUUCACGCUACUGGACUACUUGGUUUGGAUGUGGUACUGAAGAUUGCACAUAAGAACUAUCCCUCCAUAAACGUUGCGGAACGCACCACUUUUAUCCACUAUAUUUAUAUUGGUUAAGAAGAUCCAGGAUACUGAUUAAUUCCGUACUCUUAUUUUGUAAAUAUUUUUGAUUUAUUCGAUGAUAAACUUAUAAAAUAGGCUCUUUUGCCCAUUAUACGUUUGUAAUAAUUAAUGUAUGACGCCGUUCACAAAGAAUAAUGAUUGAUCAGUAUCUUGGCAUACGAUUAUCCUACAGCAUAUGAAUUCAGCAUUAAUAAACAUGAAAUUCGAAUUUUAUUAAUCCCGAUUCCACGAGUAUAUUUAGCUAGUAUCAUGUAAAGCAGUGAGUACUAUUUUUUUUUCUUUGCUUUUAACUGCUAUCGAUCUUAUUUUUUAGCCACACUACUUUUACUCCAGUUGACAUACCGAUUAAAUUUAAGAUGGAUAUGUUUAAAUUAAGGGCAAAGAGUCCUUUGGAAGUUCUUGUACUGCACUCGGUCUAAUCCAGUGGUAAUAACAACUAUAAAUUGCUAUACUUGUUACCAAAUUAUUUAUUGCAGUAAUCAUUAUUUACAAGUAGCGCCGAUGCGGAACUUUGUUGAUAACACAAAAAGAUGGAGUUUUUAUGUAUUUGUUGUCUACUUGCCAGUGCAGUACACUAUAUUAUGGACAUUAUACGAAUAUAACUUAACGUUUUCACCCGAUAGAAAAUAUAUUAACUGCAAAUGUCAACUAAAUGAUCUUUUAUUUUCGCCUUAUUAACAUUUUGUACUAUAAUAUCUCACCCGAAUUGUAACAGCUACUGGAAGUACUGUAAUAUUAAUAAUAUCAAUCUUAUCUUUAAAAUAGCAAUAUAAUGUAAUAACAGUACGGUAUUAAACGAUAUAUACUGUAUAUGUUUUCAGCCAAUCGUUUAACCCGGAAAGCUGACCAAUAAAG